ACUACCUAAGCAUAAAUAACUCUCAAUUUCCACUUCCUCAUUCCCUCUCAAUUCUUGUAUCAUCAUCACAUUAUUAUCUCUGCCAGGCUUUCUCCGUCUCACUACCUUAGUCUCCGUCUCCGGAUCCGGGUGUCCAAGACUAAACCCCGCCUGCUGCCCGCCGCCCGCCGCCCGCCCGGACCUCCGCAUCUCCGCUCCGGAGCUUCUUCAAUCAUUCACCUUGGCCAAAUCAUUGGUCACAGCCUGGAUUGCGUUCACUUCAAAAGCCCUAAACAAAAUGGCUACACCUGCCAACACCGCUGCUGAGGCCCUCGCUUCCGAGCAGACAUACUUUGCUCAGAACCCUCCUCCGCGCAAUUUAUCAGCCCACACAGCUCUCGCCGCUGGCUUCAUCUCCUCUCACGCCGUUGCGGGCCGUCGCGUUGUCCUCGUCACAUCGGGCGGCACUACCGUCCCUCUUGAGAAGCAGACUGUUCGGUACAUCGACAACUUCAGUGCUGGAACUCGUGGUGCUACGAGCGCCGAGUACUUUCUCGAAGCUGGAUAUGCCGUCAUCUUCCUCCAUCGUCAGUUCAGUCUGCUGCCGUACUCGCGACAUUAUUCGCAUGCUACCGAUUGCUUCUUGGACUUUUUGACUGAGGAUGGAAGUGGAAGAAUUGGUGUGAGGAGUGAGGUGCAGGAUAAGAUGCAGGAGGUGCUGAGAAAGUAUCGCAAGGCGAGAGAUGACAAUAUGCUUCUCACACUACCCUUCGUCACUAUUGUCGACUAUCUCCAUGAGCUGCGAGAAAUUGCCCGACUCAUGCGUCCUCUCGGCCCAUCUGGUCUUCUCUACCUCGCCGCAGCCGUUUCGGACUUUUUCGUUCCUCCUGAUCGUAUGGCCGAGCACAAGAUCCAGUCAACCAACGCCGUUGAGCAGAAGCGACCAGACGAUGAAGAGACUUUUGAUAACUUUGACUCAUCGCCCUCUGUCCCACGCUCAAAGCGCCUCGUCAUCGACCUCGAUCCCGUCCCCAAGUUUCUCAAGAAUCUCGUGGAUGGAUGGGCGCCAGAGGGUAUGAUUGUGUCCUUCAAGCUUGAGACGGACCCAGCGCUUCUGGUGCGCAAGGCUCGCUACAGUCUUGAUCGAUAUCAGCAUCAUCUCGUUAUUGGAAAUCUUCUGUCUACGCGCAAGUGGGAAGUUGUGUUUGUGAGUCCUAAGAGGGAAGAUAACUGGGUGCGUGUGCCCAGGGAGGGCGGUUGGGGAGAAGCUGAGGGCAGGCCGCUUGUGGCAGAGGAGUUGCCAGGUCAGGAACCAGAUGUCGAAAUUGAAUCGCUCAUUAUUCCUGCGGUGCAAGAGCUUCACGGUGAGCAUAUCAAGGCGCAGAAACAGAAGUAGGCCAUGCUCUCGGUUCAAGAAAAUUGCGGAAUACCUAGAUAGUAGGCUCUGUACAACGAGGUGAACACAAGC